CCAGUGUGAAUUCGCUAUAAAUUAUCCCCAAAUCCACUGACGCACGUUUUUGGCGGAUCCUCUCGUUUCGUUUCCUGGUGAGCGGGUUUCUGAGCUCGGCUUCGACCUUCACUGCUCUUUCGAUCCAACGAGCUCUAUUUCUUCGCCAAAGGUGGCACUCGAUUCAUAACCUGUUCGUCGUGUCUUCUUUGGAUUUGUGCUAGAGCGAUAGUCAAGGGAAAGGAUUCUUGGUUUCUGGAUGCUCGGCGAGCAAAAUGAUGAGUUCGACAUGAAACUACUAUGAUGCCAUCAUGCUUUGCUGCCAAAUGACGUACCAUCGCAUCCUAACGUUCUGGAGGGAUUUCCAUGUGCUGCGCGGAUGUCUUGGUACAAACCCGCGAGUUGGUGGGAGUGUUCAGUGCUGCUCUAUGUUAAUUCAUAACAGUCAUGGUCCUGUUGCAUUAUUGUCCAAAAUGGGUUACUCCAUGCAACACACUUUGACAAAGUCAGAUUCAUCAAAUGCUACUGAAGAAGUGCCUUCUAAAUAUGAUCUACUAAAUUACACUACCAGUGGGAAAUCAUUGCACUGCCAAGAAACUGAUUCUUCAAAUAUUACAAAAAGUGGACCUACUGUCAAUCCUUUGAAUAAUCGUGUGAUGUUGUUUGAUGGAACUGCAAUUAUGUACCGAUCUUACUACAAACUUCUAGCAAAGCUACAUCAUGGUUUGUUAGGGCAUGCCGAUGGCAAUGGAGAUUGGGUUCUAACUAUAUUUACAGCUUUAUCCCUUCUCUUGGAUGCAUUGGAAUUUGUUCCUUCCCAUGUCGCGGUGGUUUUUGAUCAUGAUGGAUUUCCAUUUGGUCAGUCAUCUUGCAUGCCAUCCCAAGAACCUUACAUGGGUAAAGGCAUCACAUUCCGUCACAUGAUAUAUCCCUCCUAUAAAAGUAAUCGCAUUCCCACACCUGAUACAGUAAUCCAGGCCCUUCAAUAUUUCAAAGCAUCUAUAAAGGCAAUGUCUAUAAAAGUAAUUGAGGUUCCUGGUGUUGAGGCUGAUGAUGUAGUUGGCACUUUGGCUGUAAAUAGCGUUUCUGCUGGUUACAAGGUCCGAAUUGUUUCUCCUGAUAAAGAUUUCUUUCAAGUGUUAUCACCUUCAUUGCGUAUUCUACGGCUUGCUUCCCGUGGUUCAGGGAUGGUCUCCUUUGGGUUAGAAGAUUUUGCUAAAAGGUAUGGUGAUUUAAAGCCUUCCCAGUUUGUUGAUAUUGCUGCUCUUGCUGGCGACAAGUCUGACAACAUCCCAGGAGUCGAAGGUAUUGGGGAAAUAAAUGCAUUGAAAUUGAUCACUAAGUUUGGUUCAUUGGAGAACUUGUUAGAUUGCGUUGAUCAAGUUGAAGACGAACGCAUUAAACAGGCCUUAAUGACUAAUGCUGAUCUUGCUCGUCUUUGCAAGAACUUGGCAACUUUACGUUCUGAUCUCCCAUCUUAUAUGGUCCCAUUCGAGACGCCUAAUCUUGUAUUUCGAAAACCACAGGAUGGUGGAGAAAAAUUUAUAGGUCUCCUGAGAGCCAUUGGAGCAUAUGCAGAAGGCUUUUCUGCCGAUCCCAUCAUCAGACGAACUUCUUACUUAUGGAAUAGACUUCGAACAUGAUGAUUCAUAUUAAUUUUCUUUGUCAAACUAAGAAAACAAGACCGCACGAGCAGAGCUUGGUAAACAAGCAAAUCGAAGCACAAAGUGACAUUCCCCCCUGCAUUGUCAAUUUUUCUAGCUGACAUUUGAAGUCCUCUCAAAAUCCAAUCCGGUACUUCAUCAAAAGAGCACUGGCAUUCUGGAGGAGGAUUUCUAGCCAUCAGUAUGCGGUUCGUCCAGCGCUCAGAUGAUUUUACAUUGUACUCCAUUUCAGAUUUGUCAAAUUGUCCGAGUUACACCUCUUUGCAAUCGCGUUUCAGAUUGGCAUAGUUGCUUUAUAAACAAUCUUCAAGAAAUCGCCAAAAUGUUGCAGAAUUGAUUCAGUUAUCACUUCAAACUUUGUGAAAAUUUCACGAUGGCAUGUAGGUCAUACGGUGAAGUUACUAAGACCUUCUUUACCAUCUUAUUAAUUUUCGAGUUUCCUAUAA